CGAUCAUAUUGAUAUCUAUCACAUACUCACUGGCGCAACCAACGCUGAGGUUCCUGCACGGCGUUUCUGAGGCAGUACGUCGAUGGCGAUGGCUUCCUCGAUUCGGCCUUCAAUUGGCCGAAUAUUAAACCCUGCCGCGAGCCAGCACGCCGUAAACCCAUCCUCCUUCCUCGCCUUAUUCUCGAAAGGCACAACUCAAACCUGCCCCUUCUCUACCACCCCGGAGCUGAACGAGCGGCGGCCUCGUCGCGACAACAAUCGACUGCGCGGGCUGAGCAGUCUGUACCGUUCCGGACCGCGAGCUCGGACGAACAUCGAGCCGAGCCAGCUACCCAAGCCCGCGAACUACAAGAAGACGAUCGAGGUAGAUCCGAAUCACGGGCUGUGGGGCUUCUUCUUCAGCAAGGACAAGCUCGUGCCCACGCCCCAAGAGGCAGAGGAGUACGGACGUGCGUGGACUGCCGAGGAGCUGCGGUUCAAGAGCUGGGAGGACCUACAUUCGCUCUGGUGGGUGUGCGUCAAGGAGCAGAAUCGUAUCAUCACGGCUCUUCGGAUGUACAAGACAUUCAGGUUCCUGGAGAAUGAUUAUCUUACGCCUAGGCUGGCUGAGACCAGGAAAACUAUGAAGAGGAUUAGGCACGUGCUGACGGAACGAUACUACCUAUGGGAGGAUGCGAGGGCGCUGGCGAUGUCGGAUCCGGAGAUUGAUUUAGCUAAUACUAGGCACCCUUACGCACCGAGCACAUAUCUCGAGGAAGAAGAUAGUGCCGAGCCGGUAGAAGGUGAAGGCUCGGAAAAGCCAGCUGAACCGUCGGCGGCGGAAGAACAACAACAACAGGAGGGAGCAGAGAAGUCGGCCGUUGAGAAAGUCGAGCCGUCCACGAUCUCGACCAAUGCUCCGGAAGCUCAACAACCCCCGACGAGGAUAUGAGCCGAUUAUACGUACGUAUUGAUACAAAAUAGAAGCUCUGAGAAGUAAGCCUGUAAAUAUGUACAUUAAGCCAAUGACACGCACGAUACCUUCAGAUCCAGGUCACAAUUAUCGUUUGCUAGGUACAUAUCUAGUACUCGUCGCCGGCUGAUGAUUAGCUUGUUGGCUAUUUGCCAUAAAGCUUCCUUUCGAUAUUCCAUAUGUGUUUCUUUGGUCUUCAUCUAAAGAAAUCCAAUCAUGUGACAAUCAAAUGCCCCUCUUUUACAGGGAAAGGCUACAGCAGCUGGAAAUAAUUUAACUCUACCUAGGUAGGUAUGUAUUUGUAUUUUGGGGUAUUUGUUGAGAUGAGAUUAAGGCAAGAUUAAAUUUAUUUAAUGAGCAAUAGUGCAUCCGUAGUGUAAUGGUAGACGGAAGAGUCGUGCUAGGUUAGUUGAUGAUAUCAGAAAGGGGAAAGGAGGGAAAAAGGGGGGUACGUAGCCAAGCGCGGGGUCUUGAAUGAUUGGAGUUAGCUCUCUUUGGGCAGUGGUACCGUUGAAUUUCGAGCUUCAGAACCAUAAACAGAAG